AUGCUAGACAUUGUAGAGGACCCUGAACCUGGACCUCAAGCCAAGAGACGCAGAGUGGCUGAAGGUGGCACACGAGCGCCGGUAACGAGGAGGCGUUCUGGUCCAGCUACGCAGAAGACAGCCCCUGUGCGGAAGUCCAGGAGCACGAGGCGUUCCUCGCCUGUCUCUCCCGCUGAGGAGGCUGAUGAUACCCAAGACAUAGAGGAACCUAAGACGCCGAGACGUAGGAGUAGAGCUGCUCAUUCUUCAACUGCACCUGAAGACGCCACCGCACGCAAAGAGGAACAGCUAAAGCAGCUGAGAAAAGACAUUCGUGAACAAGAGCGAUCGUUAAAGCGCAAACACGAUGAAUUUGACUCAGCAUCGAAGUCGACGCAGACUGCGUUAACUAAACGCGAGUCGUCGAUCACCAAGAAGGAGAAGGAGCUGCGACGUAUGGAGAAUCAGCUCACGAAGAGAAUGGAGGCUCUCAGCGAGAGGGAAGAGGGUAUAAAGAAGCAUCAACAGAAAGCAGAUGACCUUGUUGUAAGCUUGUCGCUGGUGCAUACGGACAAGGUUCUGAUGCAGCUGGAGGAGCACUUUACUUGUGCAUUGUGUUUCGAUGUGAUGGCCUGUCCAUAUUCUCUUGCUCCUAGCACAUGUGGGCAUUCAUUCUGCGCUCUGUGUAUCAUGAAGUGGUUCUUUUCCCACAUCCAUGAAGACUGCGGUAGUUGGCACGACGUGCUGGAGUGCCCCCUUUGCCGCGCCGUUCUUCCUACACCAACCCCGGACCCCCCACGUCGAGCGGAAACCUGCCCGUUCACCCCCAACCGGUUGGCUGAUAAGGUGAUUACUGACCUCAUUGAUGGCCUGCGGACCACCGGUCGCGAGACGAUCAGCGCAAGUGAGAGCAAGGGGAAAAGUAAGGCCAAAGCCGGGGACAGUACAUUAGACUCAGCUGUUUGGAACGAGGGUGGUAGUGCACAAAUGGAAUGGCAGGAGCGAGAUAGGAAAGGUAGGGCUGAGAUGGCCCUCUUGGCGGGCUCGUGGACAACUAUUGCUCCCAUAGAUUUGAUCGAUCUGGUAGGAGAUCUGUAUGUCCCGCACAUCUUGAGCUAUUAA